UCCUUGAAGAGAAAACUUAGCAUCCAUACAUACAGUAAGAGGGAGAGAGAGGCAGGGAGAAAUAGUUCUUCACAUAUCUCCAUAUUGUAAAGAGAGAGUGAGGUUGAUUAUCAUCAAUCAUCAUCAUCGAUCAUGUGUAAUCCAAAUACUACCACUACUCUUCCCACCUUAGCAGUUUCCGAUAAACCAACACAAACGCAGCAAAGCAACCUUUAUUUUCAUCUUUUGUCGUCGUUACCCAAUGGCAUAAAAGACCCAGAAAAGCCUAAAACACAAGAAGAAUCGUCACCCUCCAUCUCUGAGAUCAUCACAGAGACGAAAUCACUCUUCAACCUAGCUUUUCCUAUUGCCCUAACGGCCCUUAUCCUCUACUCUCGCUCUAUCCUCUCCAUGCUCUUUCUUGGUCAUCUUGGUGACCUUGAGCUUGCUGCUGGCUCUCUGGCUAUUGCCUUCGCUAAUAUCACUGGAUAUUCAGUCCUUUCAGGGCUGGCUCUAGGCAUGGAGCCUCUGUGUUCACAAGCCUUCGGUGCUCAACGUCCAAAGCUUCUAUCUUUAACCCUUCACCGCUCAGUAAUUUUCCUUCUUGUCUCUUCAAUACCUAUCUCUCUUCUCUGGCUCAACAUGUCCAAGAUCCUCUUAUAUCUUCAUCAAGAUCCUAAUAUCACACGUAUAGCUCACUCUUAUCUCAUCUUCUCUCUCCCUGACCUUUUAACCAAUUCCUUCAUUCACCCAAUCCGCAUUUACCUUCGCGCUCAAGGCAUCACCCAUCCACUAACUUUAGCAUCCUUAGCCGGCACUAUUCUUCACUUACCUAUUAACCUUUUUCUCGUCAGUCAUCUACGUCUCGGCGUUGCUGGAGUCGCAGCCGCAGCUGCCAUCUCCAACUUCUUUGUGUUUUUAUCCUUAGUUUUUUACAUUUGGAUUUCUCGUUUGCACGAGCCGACGUGGACUAAACCCACUCUCGACUGCUUAACCGGCUGGAAGCCGCUGCUUAAGCUGGCUGCUCCAAGCUGCGUAUCGGUUUGUUUAGAGUGGUGGUGGUACGAGAUCAUGAUCGUUUUGUGUGGAAUUUUAGUUGACCCCAAAGCAACGGUGGCCUCUAUGGGCAUUCUGAUCCAAACGACGUCGUUACUUUAUGUGUUCCCGUCCUCCCUCAGCUUUGCGGUUUCCACACGUGUGGGUAACGAACUUGGUGCUAAUCGUCCUAAAACAGCGAAAUUAUCUGCUGUAGUGGCGGUGUUUUUAGCUGCAAUGAUGGGCCUAUCAGCUACCGUUUUUGCAUCCGGGAUGAGAGAUAGGUGGGGUCGGAUGUUCACCAACGACGUGGAGAUCCUGCGGUUGACAUCAGCUGCCCUGCCAAUCCUAGGGUUGUGUGAACUCGGUAACUGUCCACAAACAGUAGGGUGUGGGGUCCUGAGAGGCAGUGCACGCCCGUCCACGGCAGCUAAUGUGAACCUGGGUGCAUUCUACCUUGUGGGUAUGCCAGUGGCCGUUGGACUUGGAUUUUAUCUUGGGGUUGGGUUUUGUGGGCUCUGGCUUGGGCUAUUAUCGGCCCAGGUUUGUUGUGCUGGCCUCAUGUUGUACGUGGUGGGGACAACCGACUGGGAUUUUCAAGCCGAUAGAUCUCAGAUGCUGACAUGCGCAGGGUGUGUGGAUAAUGGGUUAGUCUGUGACUGUGAUCAUAUUGGCGAUGAACAGCAGCCAUUGAUUUCUAUUACGGUGUCUUCGCCUUAAUAUAUAUAUAUAUAUUUUUUUUUUCUUGGCUGUGAAUUGUUUAUUUUUUGGUUAGAAGAGAUGGGGUGUUGCAUAAAGAGGAUAAAGAAGAAUAUUUUUUGUUCUUAUGGAUUA